CACAAAGCAGGUUCAACAAACUCUGAGUUAAAACCUUAACUCUGGGUUGAGCAACUCUGAGCUGUCAAACUCUAAGUUUUCGGUUUCAGAACAGGUGAUAACACUUAGUUCAAUCAACUCAGAGUCAAGGUAACCCUGAGUGAAGCUUGUGCAUGAGGAUAUAAAAAGCCUUCAUCAAUGGAACACAGAUAACAUGAUUCACCAUGGCAACAAGUGGUAAACAGCCUCGAUCCUCCUACUUCUCCCCAGUGGAGUUGGAAAUAUUAAUGACUGCGUAUGCAGAAAGUGCAACCCAACAGGCACCAAACGGACUUGGCAGCAGCUAAAGAUGAAAUAUAAAAAUGUAGUUCAAACAGCCAACAGAAAAAAGGCUGAGGCCCGCAAAACAGGUGGCGGUCCACCACCACCACCUCUCACAGAGGCUGAAAAGAUGGCCCUCAGUCAGAACAGUGGACGACCCAUUGCUGAGGGCAUCUCUGGGGGGAGUUCAUCGGACCCACCCACGCCCCAGGUCACAGGGGCCUACAUAAGAGUUACUGAUGGUGUAAUCUGUCUCGUUGAGCCUUCUGCCAUAACAGACCUCCAUGCUGUUGAGGAUGAUGAAGAAACCUUAUCAGCUGCCACAGAGAGGGAAGAUGCAGAGAGGCCUGCUGAAAGCCAUGCUGGAAAUUACAAUGGGGAAGAAGGUCCAUCAACCUCCACAGCACAGCUUACCUCACUCCCUGUGAAACAACUUUACAAGGUAUAUUUAGAAUCUCAAAUAAACAAAUCACACCUAGAAAUGGAGCACAUAAGGCUGCAGAUCACCAAAACAGAAAAGGAAAUACAACUGCUGGACCAUCAGUUAAAGGUGGGUGACGUGCCCACAGGUGGAUGUUUUUUAAUUGUUUCAACAACAAAGGAUUAACAACUGUACAAAAUUUGUCCUUCUAGGAAAUAAAGAAGACCUCAUAAAAUGA